UUGUUCAUUUUUUUUCCGUGCCUCGAGUCUGUGUUUUCUGUGUUUCUGUGUUUCGUGGCCAAGGCUUCGCUCCCAAAUAUUGAAUCACUGUGAAUACGCCGAAUUGGAAAUUGGAACCACCAAACCACGUAAGAUGAGGUUUGCGCUGAGCAAGAAGCUCUUGCUGUGGCUGCUGCUGGCGGCCCUCCUGGUGACGGCUCUGACCCUGGGCCUGGUCUUCGGUCUCCGCAACCGGGAUUCGCGGUACAUAAGCGGCGCCGUCGUGUCCAACGGCAUCGGAUGUGCGGCGGUCGGAGGGGACGUGCUGACGGACGGCGGUUCCGCCGUGGACGCCUCCAUUGCCACGCUCCUGUGCGAGGGCCUUCUGCUGCCCCACUCCAUGGGCAUCGGCGGGGGCUUCGUGGCCACCAUAUACACGAGGAGCAGCCGCAAGGUGGAGACCCUGAUUGCCAGGGAAUCGGCUCCGGCGGCUGCCCACAAGAACAUGUUCGUGGGCCAGUCGGAGAUUACGGGCGCCAAGGCGGCAGCGGUGCCCGGCGAGAUCCUGGGCUACUGGGAGAUGCAUCGUCGCUACGGAGUCCUGCCCUGGAAGCGCCUCUUCGAGCCGUCCAUCAAGCUGGCCCGCGAGGGCCACGUCGUUUCCCGCUAUCUUGCCUCUGCCAUCCAGUCAAAGCUGCAGAACAUCAAGGCGGACCCCGGGCUGUCCGCCAUGUUCCUCAACGAAAACCAAGAGCCGUACGUGGAGGGCGACUAUUUGAAGCGUCCCGCCCUGGCGGACACUCUGGAGAGGAUCGCCGAGAACGGAGCCAAGGAGAUCUACGACGGCGGCGAGACGGGCCGCAAGUUCGUCGAGGACGUGCGCAGCCUGGGCGGGAUCAUCACGGAGCAGGACCUGCGGGACUACACGGUGCGCUGGGACAGCGACGCCCAUGUGGCGGCCAAUGUGAGUGGCAGCUACACGAUGUACUCCACGCCCAUGCCCAGCAGCGGACCGGUGCUGGCCUUCAUCCUGAACGUGAUGGCCGAGAUGAACAUUGACAGCGAGCAGAUCUACUGGCAGCGCGCCGUGGAGGCCUUCAAGCACGCCUAUGGCCAGCGCACCAACCUGGGCGACCUGUACGCCGAUCCCGAAAACGCUGCCUCCAUCAAUGCCACCUUGGAGCGGAUGCUCCAGCCGGAGUUCCUGGAAAGCAUCAGGAAGCUGAUCCACGACGACAGUACGUCCCAGGACUACCUCUACUAUGGCGCCAACUUCACCGUGGAGGAGGACCACGGCACUGCCCACAUGAAUGUCCUGGCCACCAAUGGAGACGCCGUGUCCAUCACCAGCACCAUCAAUAACUAUUUUGGCGCCAAAGUGGCCUCCACCCAGACUGGCAUCAUCCUGAACGACGAGAUGGACGACUUCUCCACCCCGGGCGUGAUCAACGGCUUCGGCGUGCCCGCCUCGCCGGCCAACUACAUUUACCCCGGCAAGCGACCCAUGUCCUCGAUGAGUCCGUGCAUCAUUGUGGACAAGGACGGCAACGUGCGGUUGCUGGUCGGAGCAGCAGGUGGCACUCGCAUCACCAGCAGUGUGGCAGCCGUGAUUAUGAAGUACCUGCUGCGCGGGGAAACCCUCACCGCGGCGGUGAACAACGGCCGCCUGCACCACCAGUUGGCCCCCAUGCGCGUGAGCUAUGAGCACGAGGUGGACAGCAGCGUCAGCGCCUACCUGGGGCAGGUGGGCCACGUCCUGUAUGAGGAGCCCGUCGGCUCCAGCUUCGCCGCAGUCACCGCCAUCGGAGCUCUGGAGCAGCCGGAGCCCUUCUACGAUCGCCGCCGCAUCGGCAGUUCUCUCACCCUGGCCAGAACCAACAAGAUGCAGCACUAGGUUGUCCUAGUCCGCGAUCCCGUGAUUGUAUUUUAUUUAUUUAACCUAGUCCGUAAGCGCAAGUGGGAGCCUUGUAAAUAAUUGUCAACAGUAUUUCGAAUAGAGAGUGUCUUCGAAAAUUCUUUUUAUGUACAUAACAGGCUGUGAGUGCCCAAAUAGCCAAAUAAAUGAAUUUGCGUUUUUGAUACUGUA